UCACUGAUCUUUGAGAUGUCUGAGACUGCCGUACCUCAGCUGAAUGGAACAAGCACUCUAGGUUAGAGGGAAAGGGGACUAACUGGUAAUUCCAGGAAGAUCAGGCUCAUGGAGAUCACAGGGUGACUUGAAAGUAGCAAUCCCACUAGGGGCAAAUGUUAACUAGAAACUGGGGGGAAAGACUGGUUUGUAGGACAGGAGACAGCCACAGAGGGCUGAAGAGUAAGACUUAUGGCAAAGCUCAUAAGGCAAGAAAACGAAAAAGGGAGAUGAUAAAUGGAGGUGGUGUAGCCAUGGAAGGAAGUCUUAGAUUCUUGGCCUAGAAACAUACUUCAUUCAGUGCAUAAAUUAGAGUUUAUGGUAAAAAUAAGAUUUUGGGAGCUAUUGCCCUAAGCUUCUGCCUUUGAAUUCAGGGAUCUUAGAAGAACCAGGACAGGUAGGAGAAGGUGUCACCAUAUUCUAACUUACCCAGUGCCUGAUUUUUCCAAUGCCAGGAAAACAGGAGUACUCCAUUGUAAUGACAUAGCUCCUGUAGCCAGAAAAUCAAUUGCAGAAUUUCAGGCUCUGUAAAAAAAUCUUGAUAAAAGCAAGGUUUGUAUUCAACUGGACUUUCAAAAUACCUGCAUUGCUUUUCAGAUUAAUCCAUCUCUCUCCAAGAUGUCCUAUCAACAAAGCAAGCAGAAAUGCAAGCUCCCUGCCAAGUGCCUCCCCAAAUGUCCACCCAAGUGCCCACCACAGGCCCCUCAGGUUCCAGCUUCAUGCCCUGCUCCAUGCCCCCAUCCUGCCCCCUCCUGCUGUGCUCCCAGUUACUGUAUUUCUGGCUUUGGAGGCAACUGCUGUCUCAUCUCCUACCGGUUUCCACGAUUCUACCUGCGUCAGCCCCAGCAUUCCGGUGAGAGUGAGUCCUCAGGAUGUUCCAGUUGUUGCCAUGACUCAGGGGACUGCUGCUGACCUCCAAGUUUUGAGGAACUGAAGAACCACAGCCAAGGACCAGCCUCAAGUCAAUGCCUUUGCUCACUCUCACCCCCUUUCUUCCCUUUCAUGAACCAAGCUGCCUAGCUUUGCAGGUGAUAGGAUCCUCUCCU